AGUACUGCAGGUCUCGGCUAGAAUGUCAACACUUGCUUCGGGUGUCAAAUCAAACUGCUGUCAGAGUGAAGUGAACACCGAGCGAGGGAGUGCGUCUGUGGAAAAUUCAUCAACGGAGAGAGAGAAAGCGGGAAGGGAGUGGAUCGUAGAGAUGACAUACACCCAAAACAGUUCCACAUCUGGAGCUUGUACAGUACGUUCGUUGGAAGAGUGUGGCGUACUGCUUACGGUGGAUGUGUUGCAUUUGUAGGGGCUUCCAGGACGCAAGAGGGAAGAAGUGGGUCACCAGAGCAUCGACUGAGUGCAUCCAAACCACUAAAUAUCUGCACAUCAGGCAGAGGACACUUCUUAAAAGCAAAGGGGAGCAGGUCAGCACUCCGGAGAAUUGGGACGAGUGUUGCGGUCAGCUCCGCUUCACGUCAUUCUUCUCAACGAGGUCUCCGGUUACAAGGAGCGAAAACUACAGGGCAAACAUCCGCCUCGUUACAAAGCUGAGAAGUAAUAGUCUGCAGAGGAAAUCUGAUCCAGGAACAAGGCUAGCAGAUGUACAACAUCCAGAGCAGUUUAGCGAAGAGGAUUUCCUAGACGACACAUUAAGAGAGUCAACUAGUAAAACAUCUAAAGAUGUGGCGAAAUCAGAAAAUCAUGAUGUUGAGCAUGACAUAUCCAGUCAUAGAUCCACGGGUGGCAUACAGCGUGGCUUAGCCCUCUGUGAUCAAGGUCAGCCUGCAAAAAACCGCACACAGGGACAAUCCACAGGUUGUGAGCGCGUGACAGAGCUACCAGUCACAGAGAUUGCAAGUAUAGAGGGGCAAUCAGGAGUUAAUGACCCUCUAGGACAGAAUGUGGAAGGAACGUAUUCUCACAGUAAUAUAAUCCCUUUUAGAGAGGAUACCGGUUCAAAGGCCGACUCUCACUGCCAGGUUGCAUGUUCUCCCACAGCAAUAAACCAGGCCUUAUCGCUGCCCUCAUUCCCUGCUUCUCCUUACAGUAAUAAUCUAAAAUCAGAUCUUAUCAAUUCCACUGCUGCAAUGUUUACUUCUACCUUAGUCUCCGUUCUUGGUCCUAAUUGGAGCGGGCGACUUAGGAGACACAAGCGAGGCUUUAGUGAUGUUGGAACAGAUAUUGCACAAAAUACAAUCCUGCCUACUUUGAGUCAGAAUGAACAGCAGCAACGAUUCCCCCUCCAGCAGAUACCGACACGGGGUGAACCAGUCAACGACUUCAGCAGUCGGCUCAGGGGAUCAGGAGGAACCAGCAGGAGCUCUGAUGAAUGGCAAAAUGAAAGCUUCUCACAUCUCUCAGAAUCGAAAAAAAUGUUUUUGAAAACCAGUUUUUUGAGAAUGAACAGACAUGAAGUGGACCAAACAGCAGAAUUUGGCAAUCGUGUUCAUGUGUCAGUGGACUCCAGUGAGGUGCCAAGGUCCACCCUGUCCCUUCAACUCAGUGACUACAGAAGGACGGCACAGUCAGUGGAUCAAGGAGAGUCCUUCUCUUCAUUAAGGUCUAGGCCAACAACAAGCACUUUGCUUUUGUCUUCUAGGAGGUCGAACUCAAGAAAACCCAGUCCCGAGUCCUUUCAAAUGCAGAAGCAGUUAUCCGCAUCAAUCAGUUCUCUAAAUUUACCAAGUCAAAACAUAUUGAGGAUUUCCCAACCACAACCCACCCUGGUUUCCCCAAACGAUCCAGCCAAAGAGACAAAAAAUAUUCUUGCAUCUCCUGAACAACUCUCAGCUACACACAAACCCAACCCCUUCUCCAAAAACUGGGGAGAGAUGGACUCAUCAAGGAAGCAGCGCUAUUUAAUCACGGGGGAUUUUGACAUGGUCAACAGAACUCCUGCUACAAAUGAUACAACUAGGCAAAUGCUGUUUUCAAACUAUACAACAAGAUUCAACCAUUCCGAGACUCUCAAAUCAGUUCAGGAUCAUGGAGCAGUUGACCGGCGCGUCACUGACAAUACAAAUUUACAGGACUCAAACAGUAAGAUCUCAGAAAGAUCUGCUUGGAUUUCUCCAAAGGAAAAUGCAAAUAGCAGAUUUGUUUUCCCACAAUUUCCCUCAAACCUGAAUUCUGAUAGCAUACUUAAGAGACGGAUCAGCAAGACAUCAAUGACAAGCACAGAUCUUGGGCCAAGCACGUCUGUGCAGUCUAACAGUAUCAGCAAUAUGAUCAACUCAAACAAGACCAGCACCAUAAGUAACACAACUAGCCCCAGAACAAUCCAGUCAAUUGCCACCAGUCCCUCUGUCAGUUUAACUCCUGCACCCCUGAUUCAUGCUGACCAAAGCAACAUUCAGAACUCAAGCGGUUCAGAGAAGCCUUCAUCGAGCCCAGUGAACUCUAUAAGGAUGAAAACGUUUACAGAGAGUCUUAGCUUCUCACCUCGGAAUUCGUCUUUAGAAGGAACAAGCCCAUCUCAUUUAUGGUCAAACCACCUGAACUCUAAGAGGCAGCCAAAGGAGUCAAAUCAAAGCCCUUUAGAUCAGCCAAGUCCUUUAUCCCCAUCUGACUUUAAGCCCAGAAGAGUUUGUACUCCAAGCAUCUACAAAUACCUAAGGGAAUCAAGUUCACCCAAGAGCACACGGGCAUCUCCAGCAUUGAGCUCUCCUAGUCCUCAAACCUCAUCUCUAAAGCAAAUACAGGAAGAGGAUAAAAAUUCGAGGAACCUAUGGUUCAUUUUUGACUCCAGUUUAGUCGAAUCAUAUGAUCCACUUUUGAAACCGGACACCAGUUCCACCAGUUCACCACAAUCUAUGCCACCUGACACUGGCAGAAGAUCAGUGUCUCAUCUUAGCAAAUCCCCUUACUCCACCCUCAUUUCUACAAGAGCAGCAAUUAACAGCCUUUCAUCUCCACCUGUGACGCGCCAUCACAGUAGAUCUUUUUCUUACGGUAGUUUACCAGUAGAUCCUAAGUCUCCCAAGGUUGAGAAAAGAUCUUACACUUCUGUCCUCAGAGACCGAAUGAGUAAAAGGAAAUCAUCACUGGGAGAACCAGUGGGUUCUACUGAUAUCCAAAUUAAUGUUAAAGCUGUUUCCAUCCAUCAAGAUGGCAUCUCAAAAAGCUCAACAGAUGCAAAGUUCCCAGACUGUCAAGCCAGCACCUUAAUCCCAGACGCGACACAUCCAAAACAGACUGACACUCUUAUUAGAAAUAUCCCUCAUGAGGGACUUAAUGGCAUAUUUUUGUCUCAGGGUGAGAAAAGUAAUACUUAUGCGACUGACAGUUUGAAUUCCAAAGAGCUUUCUUUGCCUCUAGGUACAGCCCCAGUUAGUGAAGCAGUGCAAAAAGGAAGAGUAACAGAAAUCCUACAAACAAAUGGGACAUUCCAGGCAAGUCAGAGUCCUAACUCAAAGAGGAGCCUCUUCUCAUUAAGAAGUAAGAAGGAUAAUGUUCUUACGUCGUCAUCUUCUACAGAUAAAGAGGGUUUGGCUGUUAAAAAGGCUGAGAUGACAGGACUUAAAACCCCCAAGAGAGUGGACCAGAUGUUGAAUCGUUUGAAACUAAAAUUUGGUGGCAAAGUUUCAGAAGACAGUGACAUGACAAGUAGGAGAAAGACUAAAAAGGAGGAGGCUUCAAAUGUUAAGGCUUAUGAGAGCAUUAAGAAGGAAAAGGAAAGUGAUGAUCUGACAGUUCAAACCAAGAUGAAACCUGAAGAGCUUUUAGAGAGCAAGGCUUUUGAAAGAACUAAGAAACUAGACCAAAUGGAGGAUCUGACAGUUAAAAGACAGAUGAAACCUGAAGAGAGUUUAAACAGCAAGGCUCCAGAAAGAAGUAUUAGUCUAGACCAAACGGAUGAUCUGACAGUUAGAAGAAAGACUAACAAUGAGACAAGCUUAGAUAUUAUGACUUCUGAAACCAAGAAGAAAAUAGAGCACAGGUUUCCUUCGAGUCAAACUUUGAAAUCUCCCAACUCCCCCGAUACCCAAGUCACGUUUAUGAUCGAAUCUUGCAACUCUUCUGGCCCUGUGUUAGGUUUCAGUUAUGAACAACAAGACCGAUCCCCAAAUAUGGAUGAACAGGAAAGACUAAUGGAGGAACUCAGAGAUGGAUUCCUGGGUAGACCCCUUAGCCUUAACUCUCCUAAGCCUGAUCAUAUCAACUGCUAUGCCACACUUCCUCCAGGCAAAAGAUCCAGACUUGUCCCAUCCCCGACACUUUCUCCAUUUGAAUGUUCUUCAGAAGACGAACAGAACGAUAAUGUGUUUUCCGUCCUAACAAAGGGAAAUGACACCUCUCUGGGUGAGCCUGAGAAUGUUGCUCAACCAGACAAUGUUGUACAAGCUGGGGGGCAGAACUCAACAGGGGUGGUGCUGUCUUCUCCCUGCGCUGAUCUCAAGUAUGGACUGAAGCGUGGACGAUCUGUCUCGGUCAGCAGUGUAGUUUCAGGGCGUCCGUCCGGUCCUGGACGAAUCUCAACAGGAUCGAGGCAAGGCAGCGUCAGCGACUUGAGCAGCUUGGACGGCUUUGUGACCAAGAGCCGCCAUUCAAGUAUCAACAGUCCAGUCGGUUCGCCUGAGAAAGAUGUCACAGCUUCCAGUGGCCAUAUGUCUUACAAGGGACCUACACGACGGUCAUCAUCAGAGGGUCAUCACAAUAGCACAGAUAUCCCCGAGGCCAUCUCAUUCUCAUGCGAUAUGGAAGCAGAUCCAACACCACCCCCUUCUCCGCCGCAUAGCCGACGUAUUUCCCAAACCCCCAGCCCCACUUCAGCUAGCAACAAGACCUCGCCAGAUAGCUUGUCUCCUCGUGGAUUUUUACCUUCCAGGAACUAUAAGUCCAUGUUGUCUGUUUUUGAGGAGUCGGGCUCAGAGACCACUACCGAUGAUGAAUACUAUCUCAACAGUGAUGACGAAGAUGAGAAAGAAACCGAACUUUAGUGGGCAAUAUCGUGUGUCUUAUUGAAGCUGUGUAUGUUAUUUGUGUGGUUAAGUUUUUUGAAAGCAGUUGUUUUGAAUUUGUGCACUUUGAUCGGUCUUCCUCAGGAACAAAACACAAUAACAGUGUCAUAAUACGUCCUUCCACAGUCAUUUUUAAAUCAUAAAAAAACCCAUCGGCAUCAUGAUGGAACUAGUGAAUGUAAUGCAAUGAAAAUCAACAAGCUGAAGCACUUGUUUAAGCUUGCCUUGGCACGAUUCCUUUCUUCAACCCAAGCGCUAUGUUUGAAUCCAUUUUCAGUUUGAGAUUGUUAUUGAUAAACAAUCAUGACAAUUUAUGCAUUGUAGGAUCACAGAUGAUAUUCAGCCUGUGUGUUUUGUAAGAUAAAUGUAUGAAGCUUUUUUUAAAAAAAAUUUAUUGAUCAUUAUACACAGUUUGCCCUUCUUAUUGCGUCAUUCCUUCAAGCAGAUAGCACCGGCAGCGUAAAUGAUGAAAUAAUUUUAAUCAUAGUUGAAAAGGUGACAGCAAGAUUUUUAUUAUUAUUUUUUGGAACCACAGAACAAAUAUUAUAGAGUACAGUAUAAAUUAAAUAUAAACGAAAAAAUAUCGUAUCACCAUACUUGACAUUUUUACAACAGUAUUUUUUUUUAUUUUGCUGAGAUUUUGCUAACAAAGCAAGACAUGAAGUACUAGAAGUUGUUUUUAUAAGAUCGGUUUUAAUUUCAACACACAAUUUAAAAAAAUUAAUUAUUUAAAAAUGAGACGACAAAGAUCGAUUUGAAUGUUUAACCAGCUGCUUGCUACUUUAUCUUCCUCCUAGUUUUGAAGUCGGAGAUGACAUUAAGCACGAUACUUAAAGAAAAAUCUAUUUUGAUACAAUUCUUCGUGACAUCAACAUACCACUAACUUCUACUGAAAGGUUAUAGAGCUUGAAAGGAAGUUGGUAAUAAAUCAUAGAAAACAUCUUUUUUUUUUUUUUUUUUAGAAUAACGUAGUAUGUGUUAUUUUAAUGCAAACGGGACAAACUAACCGCAUAUGAAAUUCUAUGUGUCACUACAUAGACAAACUACAGUUAGAUAUUUUAGGAUUGUGCAACAUAUUCUUUGUAAUAUUUGUGAACACAGCGUUUCAACAAACCGCAUUUUCCCUGUGGAUAUUAUUUUUUUUAUUUAUUUAUUUUUUAAAACUUGAUGUGAUCCAAGAAAAAAAAAACCCAGUUAAUUUGUUCAGAUGAAUGCAGAGACAUGAUUUGUUCAGUGUAACUCAGUAAUCCAUAAGUAUAGAAUAGAACACUUGGGGGUGUGCUGUUAUCUAAAAAAAACUAAGAACGGGGUGUGGCCCGAUACAAAGCGGGGUAACAGUUACCACCCGGACGUGGAUUAUUUUCCUUUAACAGCACAUUCUGCGGUGUUUUAUUCCUCUUACAACAUGUCGUGCCAUGCUUUUUAACCAGUUACAUUUAACAUUGUGGAACGUCUGUAUUAUAACGAGUGCGUUAAUAUAAAACGAAACGAAAAGAAAAAAAUCAUCAAGGGUUAUAGAAAAAUAAUCAACACCUUCUGACCAAUCAGAGUUGAGGAUUCAUCAGGCACUCUGUGUGGUACAGUAUAAGGGUGUUCUUAGGCACAAAACAAUUUAAUUAAGCAUUAAUAAUUCACAAUAAACAAUUGUUCUGCCUGUUAACAGUAAACUUUGGUUGUUAAGCAGCAUCAUGUGCAAAAAUGAGUGUAUUCCAUAGAGAGGACAAUGGCUUAAGUGUAACGUUUUAUUGUUGAUGCAUUAACACAACCCGACUCAUCCAGUCAGACUGUACAACCAAAAUAAUGCCAUUAUAAGAAUAAAUAAUAAGCACAUAUCUUUAUUAUUAUCUUCAUUCGGCUAAAUAACGAAGCAGAAAUAAUAACUGCCAUUACAAUACCCUAAUGUGCCCUAUAACUGCAGUGAUAAUGAAUAAAGCCGUGUUUUGUAUCGGUAAAUCAGGAACAUGUUAAUGUCACUAUUAAACAUCAACGCAAACCAGACAAUAUUUUCGAAAGUGAAGGUAGAGUUAAAGCUACACACCCACCAUGAUAGACGGUUUUGUGCUGAGCCUGUGGGAAAGGAGUGGUGGGCAGGUCCAUACAGUAACUCAAUCAUCAUGAAUGUCAUUAAUGAAGCCAGUCCUGAGAUCAAAAACAGAUCGUGCAUGUGUUCAUGUGUGUGUGUGGGUGUGUGUACAUUCAGAAAAUAUCUUAACCACCGCCAAUGAGCUUUUGUUGCUGUGUUUCUUUGGUGACGUUUGUUUGUUCCCCUCCAGUACACGUGUUGCAGGACUGUUAUUGAAAUUGCAAUUGUGCGCACAGUAUGACAUUGUGUAUUGCUUACUUGCGUGGAGAAGGGUGAAUGGAUUGACCAGCUUGACUCUUACAGUAGAUUUGAUUGUUGAUCCUGCUGUCUGAUUAUCACAUAAAGGUAGGGAGAGGUUUUUUGUUUUUUUAAAUCCUUCUUUUCAUUAAACUGAAGCUGUAUUUGGAGUGUGCACUUCUAGUUCCUCUGUGUCUGAACCCGGAUGCCUGCUGCUGUGCUGUGCAAUAAAGAGCAGCGCCUUAUAUUUGUACUAAUUUAACAUUGAAAUAGUAUAUUCUUUAUAACACAUUUAAUUCCUUCCUAUGUGUUUACACACCUAUUAUAGAAACUAAUAUAACCUUAUAAUAAAUAUAUUCUAUUUUUUCAGCCUUUUAAAAUGAAGUGUAGUAAUGAUAUGUGGAAUGUACUUUUAUAUUGUUGUUGUUGAUAUUCAUUGGAGUAAUCUGCACUGUUGGGAUUAUGAUGUAAUAAAACGUUGAAAUAUGCUUGUA